AUGGCUGAAGCAGAAGUUAUCCUUUAUGCUCUCUUUGGAAGUCCUUCACUAGUUGAUCCUACUGUCUCAUCUGAGGUUAAAGUGGCUAAUGGUGCUACAAUUAAGACCAAGGGUGUUUGUUCAAAUGUUAAGGUUGUUAUGCAAGGUCAUAAUUUUUUAGUGGACUUGAAUGCUUUACCACUAGGGGAUUAUGAGUUGGUUUUAGGCACUCAAUGGCUUAGAACUUUGGGUAUGAUUCAGUGGGACUUUCUGGCUAUGUCUAUGCAAUUUCAGCACCUUCUUACCUUUGUUACAUUGUUUGGUGAAGGUGUUAGCACUGAUCCUAAAAAGACUGCAACAAUGAUGGCUUGGACAUCCCCUACUUUUGUCAAAGCUUUACAGAUAUUUUUGGGUUUAACUGGUUAUUACAAGAAAUUUAUCCAAAAUUAUGGUCAGAUAGCUACUCCACUCACUGCACUGCUGAAGAAGAAUUCCUUUGGGUGGCCUACUCAUGCUGAGAUGGCUUUCCAGCAACUCAAAGCUGUCGUUAGUCAACCACCUAUUCUAGCUUUGCUUGACUUUAAUCAACCAUUCACCAUUGAGUGUAGACCCUUCAUUAUAAAGACUGAUCAACAGAGUUUGAAGUACAUUUUGGAGCGAAGAAUUGCUACUCCUACUCAGCAGAAGUGGUUGAUUAAACUGUUGGGCAAUUUGUUUGUGGUUGAGUAUAAACAGGUUUAUAAGAACAAGGUAGCUGAUGCCUUGUAUAGGAGAGCAGAACUUGUCUCUGAGGAUCCAUCUUUAGACCCUUCCACUGCUAGGUUGUUACAACCUUUGCCAAUUCUUGAUAAGCCAUGGUUUGCAGUUAGUGUGGAUUUUGUUAGUGGGUUACCUAAAUCACAGAGGUUGGAUACAGUCAUGGUGGUUAUUGACAGGCUUACCAAAUAUGUUCAUUUCAUUGGCUUAUCCCAUCCCUAUUCUAUUUCUAAGGUAGCUGCUUUGUUUGCUCAAAAUGUCCUAAAAUUGCAUAGCAUGCCUGCUUCCAUUGUAUCUGUCAAAUUAUGGGCUGAGUUUUUCAAACUCCAAGGUGUUCAGCUAGCUAUAUCUUCAGCAUAUCACCCCCAAACUGAUGGGCAAACUGAGGUGGUGAAUAAGUGUUCGAAGCAUUAUCUAAGAUCAUUUUCUACUGAUCGGCCUACUGAGUGGUCAGACUAG